CAAUAGGAUUAAUUCCUUUAACAUCAGCUGAAUUAGAGGAUGAAUUGGAAUAUUUUAAAAUUCCUAUAUAUCCACCUUCUUCAUUCUCAUCAACAACUUUAUCUCCCAAUCAGUUAUCCUUACGUCACAAAAUGAUAGCUUCCGAAAUUGAUUCUUUUAUUCAAACUCUAACUUCUACUCUCUUAUCUAUAUCUUCUCAAUUCAAAAAAGAAUUUUUCUUUAAACGUAAUUUUCAAAUUUAUUUUGAAAUAAAUUUUCAUGAUAAUGAUCGAAUAACGGAUUUUAAUAUAUCUCCAUAUGUUCCUACAACUUUGAAACAACAAUUACAAAAAGAAUUUGAUGGCUUUUCCUUAUUGGGUUACGCUAUUUUAGAAAAGUUUGGUGAAGAUAUUGGAAGAUAUAUGAUAAGCAAUGUUCAAGGUUGUACUUGGGAGUGUAAUAAAACUAAGGAUGUUGGAUGGGGUGGUGUACAUCAAAUAUAUAAAAUUAAGGUUGGUGUUGAGAAUAGUUUUGAACAUGGGGAUGUGGUUGAGCAUUGUUGUUUGGCUAAUGUUGGUAGUGGUAAUGGAAUUUGA